AUGUGUGCGAGCGUUAUUACCUACGCUUUCUUCACUUUCCUUUCACAUAGUUUACUCAAUCAUUUCCUUUCUUUCUUUCUUUCUUUCUUUCUUUUUUAUAUUGUUUCUUUCCAUUUUCUUGUUUUUUCUCUCUUUAUAUCUAUCUAUCUAUCUAUCUAUCUAUCUAUCUAUCUCAACAUCUUUCUUUCUUUCUUUCUUUCUUUCUUUCUUUCUUUUUUUCUUUUUUUCUUUGACAUCUAUUUAUCUGUCCGUCUAUCUCUCUUUUACCAAUGUUUUUCUUGUUUCAUUUUUUCACAACUUCCUUUAUUCUUUCUAUCGUUCUUUUUUUCUUUCUGUCUGUUUUGCUUCUUUCUUUCUUUCUUUCUUUCUUUCUUUCUUUCUGUCUGUCUUGCUUCUUUCUUUCUUUCUUUCUUUUAUUCUUUGUGUCUUUCUUUCUUUCUGUCUUGUUUCUUUCUUUCUUUCUUUCUGUCUUCUUUCUUUCUUCCUUCCUUUCUGUCUUGUUUCUUUCUUUCUUUCUUUCUGUCUGUCUGUCUUCUUUCUUUCUUUCUUUUUGUUUUUCCGUCUUUCUUUCUUUCGGUCUGUCUUCCUUAUUUCUUACUUUCUUUCUUUCUCUCUUUCUGUCUGUCUUGCUUCUUUCUUUCUUUCUUUCUGUUUUUCUUUCUUUCUUUUUGUCUUUACGUCUUUCUUUCUUUCAUUCAGCCUGUCUUGCUUCUUUCUUUCUUUCUUUCUUUAAUUAUUUAUUUACUUCGGUCUUUCUUUCUGUCUGUCUUGCUUCUUUCUUUCUGUCUAUCUUGCUUCUUUUUUUCUUUCUUUCUUUCUUUCUGUCUUGCCUCUUUCUUUCUUUCUUUCUUUAUUUCUGUCUGUCUGUCUUGCUUCUUUCUUUCUUUCUGUCUGUCUGUCUUUCUUCUUUCUUUCUUUCUUUUUGCAUUUCUGUUUUUCUUUGUUGCUUCUUUCUUUCUUUCUGUCUGUCUUGCUUCUUUCUUUCUUUCUGUCUUGCUUCUUUCUUUCUUUCUUUCUGUCUGUCUUGCUUCUUUCUUUCUUUCUUUCUGUCUUGCUUCUUACUUUUUUGUCUUUCUGUCUUCCUUUCGUUCUUUCUUUCUGUCUUGCUUCUUACUUUUUUGUCUUUCUGUCUUCCUUUCGUUCUUUCAGUCUGUCUUGCUUCUUUAUAUAUUUCUUUCUUUCUUUCUUUCCUUCUUUCUUUCUGUCUGUCUUGCUUCUUUCUUUCUUUCUGUCUAUCUUUCUUCUUUUUUUCUUUCUUUCUUUCUUUCUUUUCUUUCUUUCUUUCUGACUUGUAUCUUUCUUUCUUUCGUUCUUUCCGUCUGUCUUGCUUCUUUCUUUCUUUUUUGUCUUUCUGUCUUUCUUUCUUUCUUUUAUUUCUGUCUGUCUUCUUUUUUCUUCUUUCUUUUUAUUUUGUGCCUUUCUUUCUUUAUUUUUUUCUUUUUGUUCUGUCUUUGCUUCUUCUUUCUUUCUGUCUGUAUUGUCUUGCUUCUUUUUUCUUUUCUUUCUUUCUUUUUUUGUCUUUUCUUUCUUUCUUUUUUGUUUUUCGGUCUUUCAUUCUUUCUGUCUGUCUUCCUUCUUUCUUACUUUCUUUUUUUUUCUCUUUCUUUUCUGUCUUUCUAUCUUUCUUUUUUUUUUCUUUUUCUUUCUUUCUGUCUUGCCUCUUUCUUUCUUUCUUUCUUUAUUUCUGUCUGUCUGUCUUGCUUCUUUCUUUCUUUCUGUCUGUCUUGCUUCUUUCUUUCUUUCUGUCUUGCUUCUUUCUUUCUUUCUUUCUGUCUGUCGUGCUUCUUUCUUUCUUUCUUUCUUCUGUCUUGCUUCUUUAUAUAUUUCUUUCUUUCUUUCUUUCCUUCUUUCUUUCUGUCUGUCUUGCUUCUUUCUUUCUUUCUGUCUAUCUUUCUUCUUUUUUUCUUUCUUUCUUUCUUUCUUUCUUUCUUUCUUUCUGACUUGCUUCUAUCUUUCUUUCGUUCUUUCCGUCUGUCUUGCUUCUUUCUUUCUUUUUGUCUUUCUGUCUUUCUUUCUUUCUUUUAUGUCUGUCUUGCUUCUUUCUUUCUUCCUUUAUUUGUGCCUUUCUUUCUUUAUUUUUUCUUUUGUUCUGUCUUGCUUCUUUCUUUCUGUCUGUAUUGUCUUGCUUCUUUCUUUCUUUCUUUCUUUUUGUCUUUCUUUCUUUCUUUUUGUUUUUCGGUCUUUCAUUCUUUCGGUCUGUCUUCCUUCUUUCUUACUUUCUUUUUUUCUCUCUUUCUUUCUGUCUUUCUAUCUUUCUUUUUUUCUUUCUUUCUUUCUUUCUGUUUUUCUUUCUUUUUGUCUUUCUUUCUUUUUUUCAGCAUGUCUUGCUUCUUUCUUUCUCUUGUGUCUUUCUGUUUUUCUUUCUAUUUGUCUUUCUUUCUUUCUUUCUUUCUUUCUGCCUUGCUUCUUUCUUUUUUUUCUUUCAUUCUUUCUAACUGUCAUGCUUCUUUCUUUCUUUCUUUCAGUCUGUCUUGCUUCUUUCUUUCUUUCUUUUUGUAUUUCUGUGUUUCUUUCUUUCUUUCUUUCUUUCUUUCUUUCUGUCUUGCUUCUUUCUUUCCCUCUGUCUGUCUUGCUUCUUCCUUUCUUUCUAUCUGUCUGUCUUCUUUCUUUCUUUCUUUCUUUCUUUCUUUCUUUCUUUCUUUCUGUCUUGCUUCUUUCUUUCGGUCAGUCUUGCUUUUUUCUUUAUUUCUUUCUUUCUUUUUGUCUUUCUUUCUUUCCUUUUGUCUUGCUUCUUUCUUUCUUACCUUCUUUCUUUCUUUCUGUCUUUCUUUCCUUCUUUUUGCUUUUCUGUCUUUAAUUCUUUCGGCCUGUAUUCCGUCUUUCUUACUUUCUUUCUUUCUCUCUUUCUGUCUGUCUUCCUUCUUUCUUUCUUUCUUUCUUUCUUUCUUUCUUUCUUUCUUUUUUUUUGUCUUUCUCUCUAUCUUUCUUUCAGCAUGUCUUGCUUCUUUCUUUCUUUAUUUCUCUCUGACUUGCUUCUUUCUUUCUUUCUUUCUUUCUUUCUUUCUGUCUUGCUUCUCUCCUUUCUUUCUGUCUGUCUUGCUUCUUUCUUUCCUAUUUUCUUUCUUUCAAUCUGUCUUGCUUCUUUCUUUCUUUCUUUCAGUCUUGCUUUUUUCUUUCUUUUUGUCUUUCUUUCUUUCUUUCUUUUUUCUUUAUUUCUUUCUGUCUUGCUUCUUUCUUUUUGUCUUUCUGUUUAGCUUCUUCUUUUUUUCUUUUUGUCUUUCUCUCUUUCUUUCUGUCUCUCUUGCGUGUUUUUUUCUUUCUUUCUGUCUGUCUUACUUCCUUCUUUCUUUCUGUCUGUCUUCCUUCUUUCUUUCUUUCUGUUUUUCUUUCUUUCUUUUUGUCUUUCUCUCUUUCUUUCUUUCAGCAUGUCUUGCUUCUUUCCUUCUUUCUUUAUUUCUUUCUGUCUUGCUUCUUUCUAUCUUUCUUUUUGGCUAUCUGUCUUUCUUUCUUUCUGUCUUGCUUCUUUCUUACUUUCUUUCUGUCUUGCUUCUUUCUUUUUGCUUUUCUGUCUUCCUUUCUUUCUAUCUGUCUGUCUUGCUUCUUUCUUUUUUCUUUCUUUCUUUUUGUCUUUCUUUCUUUCUUUUUGUCUUGCUUCUUUCUUUCUAUUUGUCUUGCUUCUUUCUUUCUUACUUUCUUUCUUUCUUUUUGUCUUUCUUUCCUUCUUUUUGUUUUUCUGUAUUUCAUUCUUUCGGUCUGUCUUCCGUCUUUCUUUCUUUCUCUCUUUCUGUCUUUCUUCCUUUUUUCUUUUGUUUCUUUCUCUUUUUCUUUCUUUCUUUUUGUCUUUCUCUCUUUCUUUCUUUCUUUUUGUCUUGCUUCUUCCUUUAUUUCUUUCUUCCUGUCUUGCUUUUUCCUUUCUUUCUUUCUGUCAGUAUUGCUUCUUUCUUUCAUAUUUUCUUUCUUUCUAUCUAUCUGUCUUGCUUCUUUCUUUCUUUCAUUCUUUCUGUCUUGCUCCUUUCUUUCUUUAUUUUUUUCUUUCUGUCUUUCUUUCUGUCUUGCUUCUUUCUUUCUUUCUGUCUGUCUGUCUUGGUUCUUUCCUUUUUUCUUUCUGUCUGUCUUGCUUCUUUCUUUCUUUCUUUUUGUCUUUCUUUCUUUCUUUUUGUCUUUCUGUCUUUCUUUCUGUCUUUCCUUCUUUACCCUUGCAUUAUGUUGCUCACCUAUAGAACAUUCAGUCGAGUAUUUGUAACCAAGCAUGUAUGA